AUGAACUCCAUUCGCCGGCUUGCAAUCCGUUUCUCCCCUUCUCAACUAAACCAGCGUGCGGCCCUCUCGCCGCCUAUCCAAUCAGUCACUUUUGUUGUUAUCAUGAUGAGAUCCGCAUAUCAACGAUUGCUACCAAGCACAGCUCGAUCUAAGGAUCCCAGCCCGCAGUCGACUGACUCUGACAAAGGUAAAUCGUUGCUUUCUACGUGCUCCGUAAACCCUGUAGCCUGCGAGCAGUGUCGCCGGAAGAAGGCAAAAUGCGAAGGUCAGAGACCGAUCCGUCAUCGAUGCUUCCGGAACCGUACCGAGUGCCACUACGAUGUAGACGUGGGCGAAUCUCGUUAUUCGGCAUUGAAGAAGAGGUACACCACAUUGGAUAAGGAGGCUAAACAGUUAAGGACAGAAGUCCAUCAACUAAGAAGACCCUUCGGGUGUGUUCAAGCCACAUCCGAAAACGAAGAGUACGAGGUUUUCAUGCACAUUCGAUCAGGUGACGACGGCAACCAAAUCGAUGAACAUCGUUCCUACAACCACAAUAAUGGUAUAGAAGCAGAAAAAGACAAAAUAUCGCCCACUUCAACUGAUGGAUCGGAUAAGCCAGACAUUGAAUCUAUCAACACCCCUGUUAUCAUGGUCCCAGCAUACCCUUGGACUGUCGUCGCGGGGGACGACGUGGUUUCUAAACUUAUAUCUCAGUACUUCACUUUCGAUUAUUUAUAUGUGUUUCCUCCGAUACUUCGAUCUAAAUUCGUCCAUGAGAUGACAGUGGGAGAACCCAAUGCGGCGACCUGCUGUUCCCCGCUGCUUGUUAACGCUAUAUGCGCACAACAAUAUUGGAUCAUCUGGGUUCCGUACCACCACGAGAUUUGGCUGAGCGGUUCCUAG